CUUCGUAUGAACAUCGCUGACCGGGAGCAGCGGUUCUGGAAUAUGAAAUAAUCAAAGUAGGCGAGGGCAAAUACUAAAGCAAGAAACAGAACACCUCAACAGACCAAACAACCGACCAGGACAUACAGUAGAUCAAGAAAAUGUCAACCAAAACCGAACAAGCCGUCUAUUCACACGGCCACCACCGCUCUGUCGUCGAAGACCACGCACGACGCACAGCACAGGACUCAGCCGCAUUCCUAAUCCCACACAUCAAACCAACAGACACAAUUCUAGACCUCGGCUGUGGGCCCGGCACCAUCACAGCCGAUCUGGCUGAAUUAGUACCUCAAGGACGAGUUGUCGGAGGCGACCCCGUUGAAUCAGUCCUCAAGCAAGCAGCGGAGUAUGCGCAGAGCAGAGGUGUAAGUAACGUGACGUUUGAGAAGAUUGAUGGAAACCAAUUGUCAUUUCCGGACGAUUCGUUCGAUGUCGUUACUUGUCAUCAGGUACUUCAACAUGUUAAAGAUCCAGUGGGGAUUUUGAAGGAGAUGAGGAGAGUGGUUAAACCGGGUGGUAUUGUUGCGGCCAGAGAGGCGGAUUAUAAGACCUUCGCAUGGUACCCCGAACCUGCGGACCUCGCGCGCUGGGCACAGUUGUAUCAGCAAGUCGCCAAAACCAACGGGGGAGAACCCAAUGCCGGACGAUAUUGUCACGUGUGGGCACGAGAAGCCGGAUUCGAUGCCGACAAGAUCGAGGCUUCUUGGGAUCAUUGGCGUUAUUCAGGUGAAAGAGCACGUCAAUUCUCUCAAAGUUGGUCGGGUCGUAUUUUACAGCCGGGGUUUUUGCAAACGGCUGUCAGAGAGGGGUUUGCUACGGCAGAGGAGAUUGAACAGAUAUCGAAGGGGUGGAAGGCUUGGGGAUUGGAAGAGGAUGCAUUUAUUGCAAUUCCUCAUGGGCAGAUUCUUUGUAGGAAGUAAGAUUUAUAUUGCGUGCCCUUCGGCCAAAAAAAGAGAAACGAGGUGGUACUGUAAGGUCAAAUAUUGUGAAAGAUGGCUUUUAUUAUGCGAAAAGGAUACAAGACAUGACAGGUGUCGACGUGGGCCAGUUCAAAAAUACACAGAUGAUGCUUUGUGGGAAUGCCAUUCCAAGAUGCAUAUCGUCUACCGUUC